AUGGAGAAUUUUGAAAGCUCAAGAAUUUUGGGAAUUGGAAAUCCGACACUGGAAAUAUGUGCUUGCGCAGCGCCGGGUUAUCUGCGCCGCUGGGAAGUUUUAGAAGGCUCAAACACAGAAGGUUCCGAGAAGAUGAUUGAGGAGAUACUUGCAUACUUUCCCGUUCGAAUGAUUCCAUCUGGUUCAACGCUCAACGUGCUGAAAGCAUUCCAGUGGCUGGCCAGGAAUCAAAACCGCACCACAUUCCUGGGCCGCGUCGGAGACGACGAAAUGUCGAACAUCUUACGCGACAGUAUACAACGUUGCGGAAUUCAGGCUCAUUUUCGAACGGUUAACCAGUCGACUGGAAAACGCUUGGUUCUUGCGACCAGACGUCAAAGAGGCCCUUAUGUUAAACCAACCGUCGUGCGCUGUGAGCAGCCCCUAAAGCUUCCUUCAAAGGUUGACCUAAGACGUUCGAAAAUGCUGUUUGUGUCAAGCAUCGAAUUCUCGUCCCGGGUUUCCGCUUCCGGAGCUGUCAAGUUAUUCAGACAGGCGAUUGGAGAGAACAAGCUAACUGCUCUUCAAAUCAACCACCGCCGAAGCGAAGUAGCUCCUAAGGAAGAACUGCUUGAGUUGAUGCUUCAUUCACGUUUCAUAUUUAUCACGUCAAGCUGUGUUCGAAGAACCUUUGGAACUUAUGAAGAAUUUCUCGAUCAAAUUCCAUCUUCAAGUGCACACUGUCUUGUCGUCACUCGAGGGCGAAAUCCGACAAAAGUUACUUGCGGGCGCUUAUCGGUUGAGCUUUCGGUCAUCGCGGCGGAAAAAGUGAACGACACUCAAGGCGCGAACGAUGCCUUCGUCGGCGCUUUCUUGCACCAGAUUAUCGAUGAAGAAGAGUUGAAUGAAGAAAAUAUCAAAGAGGCGCUUACGGCUGGGCAUUGGGCGAAAUCGGAAGUUCUUCAGCGACACGGGGCGAAUAUUCCGAGACAGAAGAAUUACUAUGCUUGGAGAGCAGGGACCGCCGAUUACUCCCAUCGCUGCCGUGGCUAG